AUGGCUUUAGGAAAAUACUCUAGAGUUGAUGGCAAAAAAUCAUCGUCUUAUUGUUCAACAGUUACGAUAGUGGUUUUCGUAGCCCUUUGCUUAGUCGGGGUAUGGAUGAUGACAUCAUCUUCUGUGGUCCCCAUUAAUUCAGAUCUCGCUUCUGAGGAAAACAAGAGUGAGGUGAAGGCACAGCCGACUGAGAGCAAUAGUGAAAAUAACAAAGAAGCUGGCAACAGUGGGAAUAGUAACAAUGCGGUUGACGAAAAUAGUCCUAGCGAGGAGGGCAAGUCAAAGCAAUUUGAGGAUAACCGAGGUGAUCUACCUGAGGGUGCGACCAAAGCAGACACUAGUUUGAGUUCAAAUCAGGAGGAUAAGAACAAUAAACCCGAAGAUACAAAGCCAGAAGAGUUUGAGAAAACCACUGAGGAAAGGCAGGAAGAGAAACCUGAAGAUAAGUCAGAGGAUGAAAAGAAAGAUAACGGAGAAGACAAAAAAGAAGAUGGGGAAGAAACAAAACAAGAAGGAUCUAAGAGUGAGUCGGAGAAUGAAGUGGAAAAGAAGGGAGAUGGUAAAGAUUCUGAAGCUGGAGACAAGGAAAACAAGUCUGAUGACAAUGAGAAGAAAUCGGAAGAAGGUUCGGGUGAUACAAAAGAUGGUCAAAUAGAGAAGGUUGAGGAAAAGAAAGAUCAGGAUUCACAAGAAGAUUCUGGUGAGAAGAAGGAUCAGUCUUCCGGUGAGGUGUAUCCUUCUGGGGCUCAAGCAGAGCUUCUGAAUGAAACACAGACCCAAACUGGAGCAUUUUCAACUCAGGCAGCCGAGUCAAAGAAUGAGAAAGAUGUCCAAAAGUCUACAGGGACCCAAAAUGGGUACAUUUGGAAACUUUGCAAUACCACUGCUGGGAGAGAUUAUAUUCCGUGCCUUGACAAUUUGGAAGAAAUCAAGAACCUUCGAUCAACUAAGCAUUAUGAACAUAGGGAGAGGCACUGUCCUGACAAUCCUCCCACCUGCCUCGUUCCACUUCCUGAAGGAUACCAACGCCCUGUCGAAUGGCCUACAAGCCGGGAAAAGAUAUGGUACCACAAUGUUCCCCAUACCAAGCUCGCGGAAAUUAAAGGACACCAAAAUUGGGUUAAAGUUAGUGGUGAAUACCUUACCUUCCCUGGAGGUGGCACCCAGUUUAAGCAUGGUGCUCUUCAUUACAUCGAUUUCAUACAAGAAUCUGUGCCUGAUAUUGCCUGGGGAAAACACUCACGUGUGGUACUGGAUGUUGGAUGUGGUGUUGCUAGCUUUGGUGGCUUUCUUUUUGAAAGAAACACACUUACCAUGUCAUUGGCUCCCAAAGAUGAACACGAAGCUCAGGUUCAAUUUGCUCUGGAAAGAGGAAUUCCUGCUAUAUCGGCCGUUAUGGGUACUAAGAGACUUCCGUACCCAGGAAGAGUUUUUGACGUAGUCCACUGUGCACGCUGUAGGGUACCCUGGCACAUUGAAGGUGGUAAGCUCCUCUUGGAGCUGAAUCGUUUGCUUCGACCUGGUGGUUUAUUUGUGUGGUCCGCUACUCCUGUCUACCGGAAGGGUGAUGAAGAUGUUGAGAUUUGGGAAGCCAUGAAGAAACUAACCAAGGCAAUGUGCUGGGACGUCAUUUCAAUUACCAAGGAUACAAUUAAUGAAGUAGGUAUAGCUACAUAUCGCAAGCCAACUUCAAAUGAGUGCUAUGUGCAAAGGUCACAAAAUGAUCCUCCAAUCUGCGAAGACUCAGAUGAUCCCAAUGCUGCUUGGAAUGUACCUUUGCAAGCAUGCAUGCAUAAAGUGCCUACUGAUUCUUCAGAACGCGGCUCUCAAUGGCCAGAACAAUGGCCCGCCAGGUUGGAAAAAUCACCUUAUUGGUUGCUGAGCUCCCAGGUUGGAGUUUAUGGUAAACCUGCUCCAGAGGAUUUUGCUGCGGAUUAUGAACAUUGGAAGAAUGUGGUGAACAAGUCAUAUCUGAAUGGACUGGGAAUAAAAUGGUCCACUGUGAGAAAUGUCAUGGACAUGCGAGCUGUCUAUGGAGGAUUGGCUGCUGCUCUGAAAGAACUGAAUGUGUGGGUUAUGAAUGUUAUCUCCAUAGAUGCUCCGGAUACACUACCUAUUAUUUAUGAACGAGGUCUAUUCGGAAUUUAUCACGACUGGUGUGAAUCCUUCAGUACAUACCCAAGAUCUUAUGAUCUUCUACAUGCGGAUCAUCUCUUCUCAAAAAUUAAGAAGAAGUGUAAUUUCAUGGCUCUUGUUGCGGAGGUUGAUCGAAUUUUGAGACCCGAAGGAAAGCUCAUUGUCCGGGACAAUGUUGAGACCAUUAAUGAACUUGAGAGCAUUUUCAAGUCUAUGAAGUGGGAGAUUCGCUCGACUUACUCUAGGGAUAAAGAAGGAUUGUUGUUUGUCCAGAAAUCCAUGUGGCGCCCUAAUGAAGCUGAGACAGUUGUAUAUGCUAUUGCUUAA